CAGUGACCCCAGUGCCAGUUUGGAUCCGAACGCACACGGGACUGGUAGCAGCAGCAGCAGCAGCUCCAGCUACUAAGCAGCGCACACUACAAUCAACCGUCCGGGUUCCUGGGGGUUUCGGCAGCUCGACGCUGCGAUCAAUUGUACCCACCCACCACCUCCCAGCCAGCGAUCGGAGGGAUCUGUUCUCCCGCGUGACUCGCGGUGCGCGCCGAUCGGUUGAAGGUACCCUCCCGGAUGUGCGAGUCCUCCUGGUGUCCGGAGCAAAGCUUGAAAUAGAAAGCGCCAAGCGUGCGCGCGCUCUUGUGUGUGUGUGUGUUUGUGUCCAAGUGUCUGUGGCUCUGUGCAGUGCUUUGUACGUGUGUUUGUGUGUGUGUGUGGUGGUGGUGGUGGUGGAAGCCGGAAGCAGCAGUACGUGGCCUCCCCUAGCGGGCAAGAGAUAGAUACCAGCGACCCGCUCCUCAGACAUCGCUCCGACAUCGCUCGGACCCUGCAUCAUGCGAGCCCUCGCCGUGGCUCUCUUCGGAGCCGCCGUCUGUCUAGUGAACGCCCAGCAGAACAAGGAGGAGAAGGAGUUCAAGUGUCCGGUCGAGCAGGGCAACGGUAACUUUGCCGACCCGGUCACAUGCCGCCGAUUUUAUCAGUGCGUUGAUGGAUUUCCGUACCUAAAUCGCUGCCCAUCCGGUCUGUACUUCGAUGACAUCCAGAAGUACUGCACUUUCAAGGCGGAGGCGAAGUGUGGCCCACUAGCAGCAACACCGGCAGCGACAACCGAAUCGCCGAUCGAUCUGGCGAAAAAGUGUAACCCGGCGGAAUGUGAGCUGCCGUACUGCUACUGCAACAAGGACGGCACCCUGAUUCCGAAGGGGCUCGACCCAGAGGAGACGCCCCAGAUCAUACUGCUCACCUUCGACGGUGCCGUCAAUCUGAACAACUACGAACACUACCGGAAGGUGUUUAACGGCAAGCGCAAAAACCCGAACGGCUGCGACAUCAAGGGUACGUUCUUCAUCUCGCACGAGUACAGCAACUACCAGCAGAUCCAGACGCUCGCGAACGAUGGGCACGAGAUCGCGGUCGAAACCAUCUCGCUCCAGAUGGGCCUGCAGGACAAGGGAUACGAGGAGUGGGUCGGCGAGAUGAUUGGCAUGCGGUCGAUCCUGAAGCACUUCUCCAACGUGUCGGCGAACGAGAUCAAUGGAAUGCGCGCACCGUUCCUGAAGCCUGGCCGCAACACCCAGUACAAGGUGAUCGAGGACUUUGGCUUCAUCUACGAUAGCUCGGUGAGCGUGCCGCCCAGCCCGAUCCCGGUCUGGCCGUACACGCUCGACUACAAGAUACCGCACGAGUGCAAGAGCGGCACCUGUCCGACCAAGUCGUUCCCGGGCAUCUGGGAGGUGCCGCUGAACGCGCACUUCGUCGAGAGCUACGAGGGCGGCCACUGCCCGUACAUGGACCAGUGCGUGCUGCACAAUCACGACGCGGAGGACGUGUUCGCCUGGCUGCAGGAGGACUUUGAGCGGUACUACUACCAGAACAAAGCACCGUACAUGAUGCCGUUCCACACGAACUGGUUCCAGAUCAAGGAGCUCGAGCGGGGCCUGCACAAGUUCCUCGACUGGACGCAAACGCUACCCGACGUAUGGUUCGUGACGAUCACGCAGGCCCUCACCUGGAUCACCGACCCGAAGACGAACAAGCAGCUCGGCGGGUACGAGCCGUGGAACUGCAAGAGCAAAUCGACCCAGACGCCGAAACCGUGCAACAUCUCGAACAAGUGUGCGCUCGCGUUCAAGGAGCCGACCUCGAACAUCAGCGACACGCGCUACAUGGAGACCUGCUUCGACUGUCCCGCCGUCUACCCGUGGCUGGGCGACUCGCACGGUUCUGGCAUCCCCGGCCGUGACAACUACAUCGACCAGUCGGAGGGCGGCGGUGCUAGUGCCGGCCGCGACCAGGGCGACGAGGAGGAGCAAAAGUAGUGGGGGUCUCCACCCCAACACCAGGCGGAGCGGACGCCUUUCGGGCCCUGCUGUCCCGGUAUUUUAGAUGUAACGAUAUUUUUUUUUUUUACGAAAAAGCAAUCAUUCGAGCUCGAAACCAGCACGAGGAGGAAGGGGGCUUCGAUCAUGAAAAUGCAGGGGGGACUCGACUUGUAAUGGAGAGGUGUCCCAUCCCCGAAGCCGGAUGGAUUUUGGUUGACUUCCCGAUCGAUACAGAAACGUUAAAUAAACUCACACCAACAACUGUGGAAAUUGUUUUUUUUUUUUUUUUUUUUUUUUUUUUUUUUUUUUUUUUGUUGCAAAUUCCAUCAUUGAUCAUCAUAUUACGGUGUCGCUUGGAUGUACUAAGGGGUCACGUACACACUGUGCCAUUGCCAUUUAAAUCGUCUAGAUUCCGGCCAAUUACAUUCAUCAACAAAAAGGUAAGCGAUUUGAUUCCAAUCGUGUACAGAGUGACUAACCCAAACGGACCAUGAAGAUAAAUUCAUCUUGCAUGUACAUGUAGGCCUAAGGGCGAGACAUCCAUGAACCAUAUUUCAGUUUGCAUUUUUUAUGCAUCAUGUUCCUGUGCAAUGAUUUUUGUGGUAUGUUGUUUAGACGACAGAAACCUAAAAAAUUUGGCAAAAAAAUCCAAUCGCAAGUGCCAGAAAACUAAUGCUACAAAUAAAAUUGCUUCCCUUGCUGCCUUGAAGCUGUAUAUUAGUGCCUGCAUUAAGAAUUGAAGGCUUCAGAUCUUAAUUGAAGCAUUGGUACCAUUUUCCUGGGAAGUUGAUCCGGCUGUUAGAGGCCACCAUGACCAGGGUACAGUGCAAGGCGAGAGUGUCAAACUGUCUGCUCGUCAACAUCACCCUGGAACGCGGGGCUAGACAACGACAUCCGUGGCACGAUCCUCUACCGGUCUCUCCUAUUUCUUGGCUUCGCAGAUGACACCGACAUCAUCGGCAGGACAACAGCGAAGGUGUUUGAGACCUAAGCAGCAAUAAUUGAAUUGAGGAUCAAUGCGAAGAAGACGAAGUACCUGCUUGCCGUAGGCUCAGUCCAUGAUAGGACCCAACUGGGAGGCAGUGUAUUAGUUGACGGCGACAAUCUCGAGGCGGUAGAAGGUGGUUCUGACUAGUGGUGUGAGCUCGAAAUCGGACCUACCCAAUUCCGCGUUCGGAAUCAAUUCUGGAGCCGAUUUCGUGCUCGGUAUCAAUUCCGGAGCCGAUUCUGGAGUCGACUCCAGAAUCCGGAAUCGGAUUCAGAAUUGACUCCAGGAUAGGAAUUAGCUCCGGAUUGAGAAUCAGAUCUUGAAUUGAAAUAAGAAGUUUUAGAAGCGAAAUCAGUCCGGGAAUCUCCAUGAGAAUGGAUCGUGUAAGAGUAAAUUUGAAUUCUUUGCGACAGUCAAUAUCCUUGGACGCAAACGCCUAUUCUUAUGGAGAUGCCGAAACCGACUCCGAUCUCAAAGCCGAUUCUGAUUUUGGAGCCAAUUCCGAUUCGGAAACCGAUCCAGGAAACUGAUUCCGGGCCUACUACUAUCUGGAACCCGACGAAAACUUCAUUGUUCCCAUCACUAGUUCUGCCGCAUCCGGAGACGCAUUGUGCAGAGGAAUCGUACAUACUAUGGGCCUCGCCGACUGCUGAGAUCCAGAAGACUUUGAGCCCGCACAUUGAUUUGCCCAGUGGUCCUCCAUGGACACGAGUCUUGGACCAUCCGAACGGAGGAUGCAAACGCUUUGGGCGUGUUUGAGCGACGCAUUCUCCGUACUAUCUUUGGCGGUGUGUUUGAGCAUGUAGUGUGGAGGAGAAGGAUGUACCACGAGCUUGCUGAGCUGUACGGCGAACCGAGCAUCCUUACAGUGGCGAAGCCUGGCAGGAUACGAUGGCUGGAGCAUGUUAUGAAGAUGCCGUACUCAUGCUCCACCAAGAAGGUGGAGGCCCCAGUUCGCCACGAGACGCAGGGGAGGACAGCGAGCACGAUGGCUGGAUCUGGCGAAGCGAGACCUGACGGAGAUCGGGUGUCUGCAUGGAUGGGAGGCUGCACAGCCAAGGACCGAGCAUUCUGGAGAAUGAUUGUUGACCGGGUAAUGUCACGCCGACGUGCUCUAUGGUGAGGAGGCCAACAAGAGAGAGAGAGAGAGAAUUGUCUAGAGACAUAGGAAACUCGACAGAAGAGCACGAUACUUAAAAGAAUUUGAAAAAUAAUCUGAAAAAAACAACUACUACGGACAAACAGGACAUAUAGCCUUAGCAGCUGGUCCUAAACUAUAGUCUAAUGAAUGUCGAGCGUACACCGAGCUUGUUAUUUUGAAAUAGUAUUUUACGGGAUUGAAUUGUUCGCUUCCAAUGUUGAGCUGGCUAGCGAAACCCUGCAAGGGUGUUUCCUUAUUAACACCAAUCCGUAUAGGGAAAUGAUAUAAAUCGUUAAGGUUUAUCAGUUGCUAAGUAAGUUUCCGGAGCGUUCAGGACAUAUGCUUGCAAGAUUCAUGCACAAUUCUAGAUAGCAAUUCAUGCAUUCGUUUAAAACGUAAAUGGAGACUAUUGCCGUUUUCAAAAAAAAAUCCUAUAGGAUAUGCAUAAGUCUGACCUAAGAUGUGCUGAAACUGUAUUAAUCAUUCAGAAUAAAAAAAUCAUUAUGAUGCAAGACUUUUCGUUGAUUGCAGAUUCACUUUGGCCAUGGAAUAUUGCCUGUUGAAUCGUCACAUUGAUAGAAGGUUUGAUUGGAUGCAGAAGAUUCGGAUAUUACAGAGCGUUUACUUCCUACUAAACAAUUCUUUUUACACCAAUUACCACCACGCUUUAUGUUACACAAAGAUUAAUUUAAUAACAGUUGAUCGUUCUUCUACCACAGUACAAAGUUGGCAACGCGUACCACGAAAAAAAAAACAAAGAUUU